GACCUCCAAAUAUGUAUAUAUAAGGGAAUCUAAAAACUGAACAGAAGGUGUUUUUCCCAUCCAUUCUCACAUCUAUUUAUCACAAACCGUAACACAACACCAUGGGUAAUAUCAUUUCAGCAAUCGCUGGCGCUCUCAACGCCAUUGUAUCAGCAAUCGCUUCAUUUUUCAUGGCCAUCUUCAGUGGUAUUGCGAGUGUACUGAUAGCUAUCUGGAACUUCAUCACUUGUGGAUGUUGCUCUGGAAGAAGUAGAGGUACCAGACGAGGAGGCGUUGGAACAGUAUAGAGGGUGGUGAGGCUCAUAUAUGAUAAACAUCUCAUCACCCGAUCCGAUUACUAGAGUAUUUAUACGCCCUCCUACCUUCUUCCAUUGACUUCCAUUUCCAUUCGGCUGAGAAUCUGUAUCCACAAGUAUAAUUCUGUGUAGCAAUGCUAGUAUGAUUCCUGUAGCAGUGCUAGGAG